CUGGCAUCGCGCACAUUGUUACCCAAGCCUGGAGGCCCACAGUGUUUGGCAAUGGAUUCUGGUCGCAGCCUUGGGGUUGCGCCCGUGUGGUCUGCAUAUAUAACGCUUCACGCUUCUCGCUGAUAAUCAUCUUCGACGGAAAAUUUGCUAGUCUUCAGAGGCAUGUUUUCGGAUAAGAACGGACGCCUCGUCUUCGCAUACGAUGCAGAGCAGCUCUGGAUUGAGGCGUGGGGCCGCAAUGCUAUUCGUGUUCGUGCCACCAAAGCGAGCAGCAUGCCCGCCGAAAACUGGGCGCUGCUUAAUCCAGCGCAUAACAAAGCGGCUAUUAACAUCAAGGACGAAUUAGCUACCUUGAUCAACGGUCAGAUCAAAGCUACAGUCACCAAGCGCGGCAAGCUGACAGUCCGCGAUGGUAACGGAAAGUUGUUACUCGAGGAGUUCACUCGACACCGGCGUGACCUCACGGAUCCCAAGUGUAGUGCUCUCGAGAUUGAGGCGCGUGAAUUCAAGCCAAUCAUCGGUGGGGACUAUCAUCUCACCGCUCGAUUUGAGAGCCUCGAUCCCAAGGAGAAGAUCUAUGGCAUGGGUCAAUACCAGCAGCCGUACCUUGACAUCAAGGGAACCCAAGUCGAACUUGCGCAUCGGAACUCUCAAGCUAGCGUACCGUUCGCUGUAUCCUCGCGAGGCUAUGGCUUUCUCUGGAACAACCCAUCCAUCGGUAGCGCAGUCUUUGGCAAGAACAUCAUGAGCUUCGAGGCUCUGUCGACGAAGGCUCUGGACUACUGGGUGGUGACAGGCGAGGCCCCCAUGCAGAUUGUUGAGGCGUACGCUGAGGCAACAGGCAAGGUGCCCAUGAUGCCAGAGUACGGUCUCGGUUUCUGGCAAUGCAAGCUGCGCUACCAGACACAAGAGGAGCUUCUCAAGGUUGCAAGAGAGUACAAACGACUGAAAUUGCCAAUUGACUUGAUCGUCAUUGACUUCUUCCACUGGCCGAAGCAGGGUGAUUGGAGAUUCGAUGAGACCUACUGGCCGGAUCCAGAUGCCAUGGUCAAGGAGCUGCAGGACAUGGGUAUCGAACUCAUGGUCUCGAUUUGGCCCACAGUAGAUCGCAAAUCUGUUAAUUACAAGGAGAUGCUCGAGAAGGGCUACCUGAUCCGGACUGAACGUGGCGAGCGGAUCGCCAUGACAUUCCAAGGCGUUACCGUCCAUUUCGACCCAACCAAUCCCGCAUCACGCCAGUAUGUGUGGGGCAAAGCGAAGAAGAAUUAUUACUCCAAGGGGAUCAAAGUCUUUUGGCUCGACGAGGCAGAGCCUGAGUACUCGGUCUACGACUUCGAGAACUAUCGAUAUCAUCUAGGGUCGAACGUCGCUAUCGGUAACAUCUAUCCGCGAGAGUACUCACGCACCUUCUACGAUGGCAUGACAGAAGAGGGCCAGACCAGCGUUGUCAACCUCGUUCGUUGUGCAUGGGCUGGCAGCCAAAAAUACGGUGCUCUUGUGUGGAGCGGCGACAUAGCAUCUUCGUGGACUAGUCUCCGCGAUCAGUUGGCAGCAGGUCUGUCUAUGGGAAUGGCUGGUAUUCCUUGGUGGACUACGGACAUUGGCGGCUUCCAUGGAGGAGAUCCCAACGAUCCUAAGUUCCGCGAACUGUUCGUGCGGUGGUUCCAAUGGGGCGCUUUCUGCCCCGUGAUGAGACUCCACGGAGAUCGUGAGCCAAGGCAGGCUAAGGUUGGAACAACAGGAGGAGCAUCGUGUUGCAGCGGCGCAGACAAUGAAGUGUGGUCAUAUGGACCGGAAGUGUUCGAGAUCUGCAAGAAGUACAUGGAGCUACGUGAGGAGCUUCGUCCAUACACUCGGAAACUCAUGAUGGAGGCCCACGAGAAAGGCUCUCCAGUUAUAAGGACGCUAUUCUACGAGUUUCCAGAAGACGCUACUUGUUGGGAGGUUGAGGUGCAGUAUAUGUACGGUGAUAAGUACCUGUGCUGCCCUAUAUAUGAAGAAGGUCAGACUCAGACAAGAGUCUACCUGCCCAAGCUGGCUAGUGGAGGGAAGUGGAAAAGACUGUGGAGCGAGGAUACAUUUCAAGGUGGCGCUUCCGUCACCGUUGACUCCCCUCUUCAGGAUAUGCCUGUGUUUGUUAGGCCUUGAGUACGUUGCUCAUCUCUAUAACUGAGAAUUUCAAACCUUGC